CAGCUCACACUUAGCAAUUCUAAUAACGUUUUCUGCUUUCUUAAAGGCUUUAGCGUUAUUGUUUGCAAGCAGCACUGUACAGCAGUUGUGAGUCUUGAUGCGCAUCUCCGCAAAUAUCAUGCUGCAUCUGCUGCGCUACGGCGACAGAUACUUGAGUGCUUCACUCAAUUUAAGACUGUCGCUCUAAGCGCGAUUGAGCUCCUAGAAGAGCCCGCGCAGCCAAUAGAAGAGCUAGGAAAGCCGCUUGAUGGUGCGCAAUUUAUAGAUGCUAGAGAUCCUGAAGACGCUGCAAUGGAAACCUACGUCUAGGCACAGCUUGCUGAGUACAGAUUAACACAACAAGAAAUUAAGGAAGAGCUGCAAACACU